AUGACUACCCUUCGCAAAGCUUGCGGCAACUGCACGGCUUCCAAACGAAAAUGCAUUAUCCAAUUACCACAAUGCACCCGCUGCACUCAGAAGGGUCUAGAGUGUAGAUACGAUCUCGAGCCCCUGAGCGCACCGACGGGACAAGCAGGACAAUUUCCUGAUUUCUCGUUCAAUCCAUCUAAUUGCGAUUCACCAGGGUAUUGCAUCAUGAAGACACUGAAAUUCCGCGCUUCCGACAUCGAUCCAGCGAUCUGUAGACCGGGACAUGAAGAUGCGUUCGAGGUUCUUCGUUUGGGGUUCCGAUCAGUGCCAGUCCUUGCUAGGGCGGGAAAGCCUGCUGUUUUUUUACAUCCGAAGUUGGAGUAUAGCAUUGACAAGCACUUUGCUGGCCUUGGAGAGAUGGGAGAUGGUGGCGUGUGCUGUGAAAGCUUUAAGCGCCUGGUUGAGAUGGAUGUCAAGACAGUGCCUGUAAAAGAGGCCCUGGCAGCCCUUCAAGCUCUUCUCGUCUACCUUGCUACAUUCUUCUUCUCCAGUCAAACCGAACAGGAAAAUGAAAAUGCAGGGAGAUUCCUCACCGUGCUAUCUGAGUGGACUCAAGCUUUACUAGCAGCCGCCCCAAAUGCAACCAAAAUGCCUCGAAAAGCCCAGUCUCCGUGGCAGGAAUGGUUAUUGGGAGAAAGCAUCCGGCGGACCAUCAUAAUGUCAUAUGUCCUCUCUUUGGCUCUAUCCGGUUUCCAAUAUGGGUAUUGCUCUAAUUGGCUGUUCGUGGAGUCUCUUCCAUUUGAUAGGCGCGCAGGCCUAUGGAUGGCUGAGUCGCCACAGGCUUGGAUUGCAGCAGCGGAAGCUAGAAAUGGUGACGAAGUAGGGCAACAACUCAAUUCCUUGCAUGAAUUCGCCGAGAGCCUUGAUGGGUCCCCCCUGGUGGACCCUAGUUUCCGUGGAGAUGUGUUUUUGAUGUUGCUCGUAUAUGCUCACAAUGGGGUGGGGGCAUCUGCCAUCUUCAGCGUUACCGAUUUCUGGCAAUCUUUCGCCAACCCUUCACAGCGUGAGAAAGCCUCUAGUUCGAGCCAGAGUAUUGGGGUUAUAUGCAGAGAAAACGAAGCCCAGCAAAACAGGAACAUCAUCAAUGCUGCUGCCAAAGUUACCACUCUCGAAAGACUAGUUUUCUCCAGCUUGCCCAGCCCAAACAGGUUGAGCGCGGGAAAAUACGCUCAUGUCUAUCACUUUGACGGAAAAGCGAUGGGCGAGGAUUACGGCAGAUCAGCUCAUCCCAAGCUUUGGGCGAAGACAAAUGUGCUGUAUGCCGGGUACUAUUUGGAAAACUACUUUGGGGCCACGGGCCACCUAUUUAGACCCCGAAUGAACAAGGCCAAAGACACUCUCAUUUUGUCAGUCGCAGAUCCUCUAGCCACCACGCUUUUGCCCAUGUAUUCUGCAGUCGCCGAUACUGGUACCCUCGUGCAGGCAUUGCUUCGUGCUGCACCCGGUAAGAGGGUCAUUGGCGUCAACCAAUGGCUCAGUGUCCGAGACUUUGCCAAGGUUUUAGCGCGGGAGAUCGGGAAGAAAAUCGAGUUUGUGGACCGUAACCCAAGCUUUGACAUCGGAGAUCCUGAUGUUGAAAAGGAUUAUGCGGAUAUGAUGGGAUUUUGUAUUGAGUUUGGAUAUGAGGGAGGAAAGGUUGAUAAGAGUAUUGUGCAGCCGGCCGAUCUAGGUGUGCCGGUGCACCUAGAGUCUGUGGAAGAGUGGUGUAAGAAGCAGGAUUGGGAGAAAGUGUUGCAGGUUGAUUGA